AUACUAGUGCUAGUUUAAAGAUUUCCAGUUUGGGCUCCAGCAAUGCUUUAAUUGAUCAUUUGUAUUCCAUUGGUAUAUAAUACUAUUAGCAGUAAUACAUCAAUGUAUCCUAUUGUUAUGAUGUAGAAACUUCUAUUUUGGAGCGAUUGAUGAAUACAAUUCCGGAGUACCAGAGAUGUGACUCUUCGGGGUACAAUGAACGCUUCGUUACAAAACUUGUUCGCAACUAUCGCUCACAUGAUGCUAUUAUUAGUGUACCACGUGACUUGUUUUACGACGGGGAGUUAGAGGCAUGCGGAGACAGAAUGAUUCUUGAUUCCAUGUUGCGUUGGGAUCAUUUGGCUAAAAGAGGCUUUCCGAUUAUAUUUCAUUCGGUAUUUGGUGCUGAUGAACGGGAGUCGGGGAGCCCUUCAUUUUUCAACAGGGACGAAGUUUCUCAAGUGGAAAAAUACCUAGCGCUUUUACUGAAGGAAAGCAGAGGUGGUCUUAAAAUUAGGACAAAAGAUAUUGGCAUCAUAUCGCCUUACAGAAAACAGGUGGCAAAGAUACGAGAAUGAUUCAAAAGAAGAAUUUUGAUGUCAAUCAAGAGAAGAUUAUGAUAGGCUCGGUAGAGGAGUUUCAAGGUCAAGAGUUCAAGGUCAUCAUCAUAUCAACUGUACGAAGCAACCAACACUAUGUCCAGAAGGACGUUGAACAUCGUCUCGGUUUUGUUAAAAACCCAAAGCGUUUUAAUGUUGCAUUGACUAGAGCUAGAUCGCUUCUUGUUGUAAUUGGUAAUCCAAUGAUAUUGGUAAAAGAUGACAACUGGAAGAGUUUUCUAGACUACUGUGAAUCUAAUGGUGGGUUUAAAGGUCAACGAGGUCAUUUGAAACCAAGGGAGCGGUCAGAAAACGAUUCUGAAAAUUUAGAAUUCGUCCAUGGCGAGCUUGCUAGUAGUGUACGGUCACAGAUUGAAGAUCAGGAAUUUGUGAUUCGGGACUAGGACCACGGCGAUGCUUGUCAUGGGUGUUGAAAUCGCCUUCGUAUCGACACAAGAAAAAUUGCAUAUUUCAAAUUCUUCAUUUGUCAUAUCAACGCAGCCAAAAGGUCUGCUGAUGGCAAUCACGUAAGCCUUUGUACUUCGACAGACUUUAUCCAACUGACAAUUUUUAGCCAUUAGAUAAUGAUUUUGUCCGUUGGGUAUCACUAACCAAUGUUUGGAACAACUGGGUCCUGACUGAGUUAGAUGUUUUGGAUUCUUUAUGUUUGAGUAAACUGAAUCGGAUAAAAUAAAAAAUUAAAGAUAUAUAUAUUAUGCUCAUAUUUGAUAUUUGAAAAUUUUGACAAUUGUUAUGCAGCUCAGGAAUCCAUAUUUCUUAUUUAUUUUUUUUAAUUUGAUAAUUAAUGGAUUAAGAGCAUGUAAGGUGUUUAUCUCCUGAGGAAAAUAGUGAUAAACAUGUAGUAAUAUAUUGUAAAGGUGGCAAAAUGUA